GGUUAAUAACAAGGAUCCGUGAUACCGCCAGUCAUUUCCGCAAGAGCACACGAGUACCCUGAGGUGAAAAGUGGUGUCUCCGAAGCGGUCAUCGGUGGCUGUGUCUGUUGAAUGCUGAAAGAGCGGAAGGAUACAUUGAGAAGGGCGGUUCUCCAGUUGACAGGAGCGACAGUACAAGCGAAGAGAAGAUGUUGUUGUGGAGAGAGGAAAUCUGUGUCCAGAUUGCAAUUAAUUUUACACUGGAUACGCACUUAUGACCCGUGGUGCUUUCUUGUUUUUAUUUUUUCUUUUUAAAGUUUCUGAACGAAUGCGUAAAUACUGCUUCCGUGAAGUUGCACCUGAUCCAGCCUCCGUAUCGUUGUCUUCUUUCCGUUGAGGGGGGGAAGAGAGAGAAAGAGAGAAAGAUGGAUGUAGCCACUCGUUUACUUUAGUGCCCGAGCAAAAAGAGUUGACAUGUGGACAAACAACACUAAAUGCCAAGAUGCUGCAAAUACUUCAGUGUAAUACAUACUAGAAUUUUUCUUGGUAAAUGAUAUCUUGACCAACCAGAACAACUGGAAGAGCAGAAUGAAAACAGUAAUGAAAAUCUUUAUGUUAAAAAAAAAAAGCUGUCCAGAUUAUCAACAGUAGUACAGCAUUAUGCUUGGCCACUGAAAGCACGAGUGUCACCUGGCAAGGAUGCCCGUGCAGGCAGCUCAAUGGACAGAAUUUUUGUCUUGUCCUAUUUGCUACAAUGAAUUUGAUGAGAAUGUGCACAAGCCGAUCAGUCUUGGAUGUUCACAUACUGUCUGCAAGACCUGCCUCAACAAGUUACACCGCAAGGCAUGCCCGUUUGAUCAGACUGCCAUCAACACUGACAUUGAUGUACUUCCUGUUAACUUCGCUCUUCUCCAGCUAGUUGGUGCACAGGUUCCCGACCAACAGACAGUAAACUUGAGUAAUGUGGCUGAAAGUAAACAUUAUGAGGUAUCAAAGAAAUGCAUUGAGGAACUGGCUCUCUACCUGAAGCCCAUCAGUGGAGGGAAAGGUAUUGCAAGCUUGAACCAAAGUGCAUUAAGUCGACCAAUGCAGAGAAAACUGGUGACACUAGUGAACUGUCAGAUGGUGGAAGAAGAGGGUCGUGUCCGGGCAAUGAGAGCUGCCCGAUCUCUCGGAGAGAGGACUGUAACUGAACUUAUACUACAGCAUCAGAAUCCUCAGCAACUUUCUGCUAAUCUUUGGGCUGCUGUUAGAGCCCGUGGUUGUCAAUUUCUGGGACCUGCCAUGCAGGAAGAUGCUUUAAAGCUAGUUCUGCUUGCACUGGAAGAUGGUUCUGCCCUUUCUAGAAAAGUGUUGGUCUUAUUUGUUGUACAGAAAUUGGAAGCCAGAUUUCCACAGGCAUCUAAAACAAGCAUCGGGCAUGUUGUACAGCUUCUGUACAGAGCGUCCUGCUUCAAGGUCACUAAAAGGGAUGAAGAUUCCUCACUUAUGCAGCUCAAAGAGGAGUUUCGAACGUAUGAAGCAUUACGCAGGGAACAUGAUGCACAAAUUGUCCAUAUUGCAAUGGAAGCAGGGCUUCGCAUUUCACCAGAGCAAUGGUCCUCUUUGCUGUAUGGAGAUUUGGCACACAAGUCACACAUGCAGUCUAUUAUUGACAAACUUCAGUCUCCAGAAUCCUUUGCAAAGAGUGUUCAGGAACUUACAAUUGUACUGCAAAGAACUGGGGAUCCAGCAAAUUUAAACCGAUUAAGACCUCAUUUGGAGCUUUUAGCAAAUAUUGAUCAUAAUCCAGAUGCAGAGCUCCCAACAUGGGAACAACUGGAAAAUGUUAUGGUGGCAGUGAAGACUGUUGUACAUGGUCUUGUGGAUUUUAUACAGAAUUUCAGUAAAAAGAGUCAUGAAACACCCCAGCCCCAGCCAAACAGCAAAUACAAAACCAGUAUGUGUCGAGAUCUGAGACAGCAAGGUGGUUGCCCUCGUGGAGGAAAUUGCACAUUUGCUCAUUCUCAGGAAGAACUAGAAAAAUACAGAAUGAGAAAUAAAAAAAUCAGUACCUCUGUGAGGCCAUUCCCACUGUCACAGCCAUCUUUUCUCAACAAGCCUGGAAUAAAUGACAAUGCAAGUUCUACAGCAGGGACAGUAAUUUCUAUUAUGGGAAACUCUGAAAAUAUGGUAAACAUGAUCCGCAGCACCAAUGGAGUUGCGCAUACCGAGUGUAGUGCACCCCAGCUUAUUUCCCGAGGGCCAGAUCCUCCUCUAGAAGAGUUAAAGAAGCUCACUAGGGCUGGAUCCAAUGGUCUGACUGCAUCUGGUUGCCUGUCACAGUCACCUUCUGAGAACUCACCUCCGAAGACUCCUGUAAACUCCACUGUAACUACCUCAAUAAUCAGUUCUUCUACUGCAGUGGAUGUAAAUUCAGUACUUCCAAAAUCCGCACAGUUUGUAUCAAGACCAUCUUUAUAUCCUCCUACUCCAUCUGAGAUGCAUUGUCCAGACCUGCGUGCACCAGUGUCCUAUGAUAUGCCACCAUACCCACCAAAUAAUUAUUACGCUCCUCCUCCACCACCUCCUCUGCCCCCUCCUACUGUUUCAGCUGCUCAGUGUGUCACACGCUUUGUUCGUUCAAGUAAUGUGCCUGAAUCAUCUCUUCCGCCAUCAUCAGUACCCUAUUCAGACCAGUAUGGUCCUUUCCCUCCAAGAGAACGUUUGACCCCUACUCCGUAUCCACCUCCUCCACCUCCAGCACAGUAUGGCCCCCCGCCUGUGCACUAUGCCAGUAGACGCUUGUGGAGACCUCAGUUGUACCACAGAGAUGAUAUUAGGAGUAACUCAUUGCCUCCAAUGGAUGUAAUGCAUUCUUCAUUAUGUCAGCAGCCUCCCCUAAGAGAACGAUACAGCUCACUAGAUGGAUACUAUUCUGUAGCAAAUCAUGUACCCAGUGACCAGAGGACAGUAACUUUGCAAAGGGACUCUUACAAUCGAAUCCAAAUGGGAUAUGAAGAGCAGUUUAGACGAAAAACAGACCAGUGGACUGUAUACCAUUCUCAGAAGCCCCCACCUCUUGUAACUCCAUCUCAUCCACCUGCUUCACAGUCUCCAUCUCGUUCAUCCCCACUAUUUGAUAUGGAAUUCAGUUCUGAGUUUCCAGAAGGCUCUAGUGACUUUGUAUGCUCUAAAUUAAAAGAGGAUGGCCACCUUUCCCAGUAUUCACCAUGGUCUUGUGGUACCAUCAGCACCUGCAUCCAUGCAAAUCAUGCGGAACCCACAGAUGUAGUGACAAGUUCCAACAUGGAACUAACGGACCAUGGCAGCUGUGACAUUAAAAAACAGAUGCACCUGUUUGAAUAUCAAAGAAAAGGGAAAGAUGAAGAUCCAAUUAUUCCUUUUGGUGAAGGCCCCAUCAUCUCCAAGUGGGGUGCAAUUUCAAGGUCGUCACGUACAGGCUACCAUACAACAGACCCUGUGCAAGCAACUGCUUCCCAAGGAAGUGGCACUAAACCAAUCAAUUUCAGAGACUAUGGUCCAUAUAUUCAUCAUGGAGAUUCAAAGUGGAGCUCAUAUGGAUCAGACUCAUCGAGUUCUUCAAGUUAUCUGGAAAGGAAUCACUUAGAGUCUUCUAAUAUUACAACUCAAAUUAAGACUUACGGUAAUGGAGAGCACUUAAGUGUGGAACUUCAGCAGGCAAAAAGCAAUUCACUGUUACUUCAAAGAGAAGCAAAUGCUUUGGCCACCCAGCAUAAGUGGACAUCAUUAGAUGAUGAUGAUGACAUUGAUGACGAUGAAGAAGAGGAGGAAGAUGUAGAAAAACAUCUUUCCUUUGGUCUUCUGAACAAAGAAAUAACUGUUGAAAAUGAACAGUCAGUGUAUACUGAAGAUUCAGUAGAUGAGAAGUCAAAUCAAGAUAUUGAACUUGAGCUUUCAGCUCUUAGUUGUGAUGACCCAGAUUCUCACAAAAAGGAGAUUCUUUGUGUCAGUACUUGCAAAAAUGAGCUCUCGAAUGGAACUGGGAAUGGAGACCAGAUGAAGCAAAACAACAAAUCUUCCACCAAUAAGUUGGGGAAUCGUCUAUUAAAGCAGAUUGCCCCUAAUAAAAAAAAAAAAGUGAGCCUGGUCAACAGUUCAUGCGUCCACAAGACUGCAACUUCUACAAAUGGAGUGAACUCAGCUUCUUCAGUUAUGAUCAGCCAUUUGGUGGCGAAAUCAGCAGCACUUGGGAACCCAGAGGAUCCAUCGCAAUGCAUAUCCAAUGGGGAGAACCUUCUGAACAGAAGUUAAAAGUUUUGGCUAUAAGUGUCAGCUGACAGACAGCAUUCACAGUGUGCUCUUUAUGUGUGUGUGUGUGUGUGUGUGUGUGUGUGUGUGUGUGUGUGCGAGUGUGUGCAUGCAUGUGUGUGUCUGG